GGAGAAAUACGGGAGGGGUACUUCAGUACAUACUGUACAAGGGAAGAUUCACAUCAAGGGAGGAAACAGCGGCCUUUGUUCGGCCCGGGCCCUCUUUCAAGGCACGCAACGACCGCAGAACCCGAACCCUCAUGCAGAGGGCGACUACACGAUGGUGCCGCCAGACCCCACUCUCUAUGAAAUGUUCGCCACGGAAGCGUCUACGGUGGUGCUCUUCCCAACUCAGAAGAAGCUAUUCCCAAAUUAGGGAAGAAGACAAACAAGAAGUUAACGUCAGAAAAAUCGAGGAGGAGACUUUACCAUUCUACAGCCGUUCGAACUUUUACCCAGUCUACAUUGGUGAGGUUCUCGCUUCAAGGUACAGGGUUGUUGGGAAGCUCGGAUUUGGUGCCGGUUCGACGGUUUGGCUCGCCAGGGAUUUGGAGUUUGUUUUCUUCUCCUUGGGUAAAAAAAAAGAUGAAAGAACGCCUAGCCUAACCACACCUGUCGAACAUAUAGGAAACAAAACUAUGUCGUCCUCAAGAUCUAUGCCCGAGGUCUGAGUUCGACCUCGGAGCACGAGGUGACAACCUACAAAUACCUAAACACAAUUGAAUCUGACCAUCCAGGACGGAAAUAUGUUCGAACGUGCCUUGAUAGCUUCGAGGCCGAAGGACCCGAUGGCAAUGCAUACCAAUGUCUCGUGCACCGUCCUCUUUGGCAAAGUCUCGGGAUGUUACAAUACCGACACAGCAGGCACAAACUCACGGAAGAGCUCCUCAGACAGGUGCUUUCUUGUGUCCUUCGAGCGAUAGACUAUCUGCACAGUGAAUGUCACCUGGUGCAUACAGAUAUCAAAGCAAGCAACAUUAUGCUUGGUCUCGACGACGAUUCGGUUCUGCAAGCUUUUGAGGCAAACGAGAUGGCCAACCCUAGCCCUCGAAAUAUCUAUCCGGACCGCACGAUUUAUCACUCUCGGCUCAUAGACAGGCCAAAAGCGAUCGGACUUCCCGUCUUGAGCGACUUUGGGCUGGCCCGAUUCGAAGGGGGAAAUGCCGACGACGAUAUUCAACCAGAGAUUUACAGAGCACCGGAGGUCUUGUUGGACAUGGACUGGAACUACCCAGUUGACAUUUGGAACGUUGGCGCCAUGAUCUGGAUCUCUUCUACGACAAACAUCUGUUCGAUGCUUACGAUCCCGCCACGAACAAGCUUUCAAAUAAAUAUCACACCUCAGAAAUGGCAGCAUACCUUGGCCCGCCCCCUCGAGAAUUUUUAGAAAAGAGCGAGACAAGCUGGAAGUAUUUUGACCGAUCAGGUAGGGUUCUUUUGUUUUUUAAUUGCCUGUCUGUUUGUUUGGUGCGAAUUGAAUUGCUGAGAUUUUUCAACUUUUUGUUCCAAACAGGCCGCCUGAUAACCGGAUUUGACCUAAGCGACAAACUAUCACUCGAUGCUAGAGAAGAGCGGUUGGAAGGCGAAAAGAAGGAGCAGUUUCUCAACUUUAUCAGGUCAAUGUUGCGAUGGGAUCCAAAUGACCGGCUUACUGCUCGUGAGCUCCUCGAUGAUCCAUGGUUAAACGACUACAAGAUUUGAAUGUACAAGGGGCCUUACGCAGUACGGUUCCAAACCUCGUUCCUCUGGAUGGUAGACAUUGGCUUAAAAGUGCAAUGCUACCUACCUACCUUAGACCAACCUACCUUAGACCAACCUACCUUAGACCAACCUACCUUAGACCAACCUACCUUAGACCAACCUACCUUAGACCA